GGCAGCUCUUAACUCUCGGAGUGCAAGUCAGAAAGCAAUUUUUCAUUUUGCAAGUGUCACAAGAUGAAAUCGUCUAAAGAUGCCACCAUAUUUAUUGACCUGAGCUUUCUUUCUGCCGAGGAGGAAGGAAUAAUUCGCCAAGUGCUUCUACGAGAUGAGAGUUUAAAACGGCUUGAAAUUGGACGUGUAAGGAGGCUGAGAAAUUCGGUCCUUGACCGCAAGGAGCUAAAGGUUUUGACAGGAGAAUGGUUUGAGGAGAUCAGGGCUAAGAGACACGGACGCCAGCCUGACAUCUCAGCCGUGGUGAGGUCCUCUAUCAGAUGGAAGAAAACAGCAGGACAUAAUCCAAACCCCUUCCUGCAUGCUGUGACUGAGGACAAAGAAGAAGAAAAGGAACACAGCAAAACUUGCCCAGAAUUAUCAGAUGACCCCAGAUCAGUCCACCCAGCUCUCAGUAUAGAGAAAUGCCGGGCAUACACAAACAAAGACAUCAGUUUGGAAGACGAAACCCAGCUUGUUCAGAGUCCAGCCAAGAAUGUUCAUUUUGAGAAUCCUUCUCAGAAACCUUUCAAGAAACCUACUGAGAAACCAUUCAUUCUAAGAAGUUUGGCUAAUUUCAAUAAUCCCAUCCUUGGCACCGCUGACCUAGGAACUAAACCAAGAGAUGAGCCUAAAUGCACAACACCUCCUGUGCUGUCUACUCACCUUGAACCUGUCCUGGAGCAGAAGUCUAAUUCAGCAGUUGCAACAAACACAUCCACAAAUGCAGUGACUCCAGAGCCAAGACCAAAGAUGUCACUCCCUCUGGCAGAACACAAAACCAAACCAUUUGAGGAGAACUUAGUGAAGAUCUCCCCGGAGGCCAACAAAAUAGGAUCGACAGAAGUAAAGACUAGACAUAAACUGACAGAUGGAUGUACACCUGUUGAAACACUGGAGAUAAUAUCUUUCAGUGAGCCACAGGACACCUCAAGCCAGGAUCAAGCCUGUCAUCUUGGCAGAGCUGUGGAGACAAGUAGCACUGAGCCAAAGGUUGAGGAUGACAACAUAAUGAGCUCUAGGAAAUGUGCAGAGAUAGAAGUGAAGCACAAGCAGAAUCACACCAAACAUAUGUUUGUGAUGAAAAAGGACAGUCCUGCAUUUGAAGAGGAAGUACUCAUAAGUCAGUCAAUUAAUUGGGAUCCAAAGAGGGACCAUGAAUUGCUUGCUGUUUCUCUAGAAAGGCAAGAAAACUCUGAUGAGCUCCCCACAGUUUCCUCUGCUGAGAUGAUGAAAAAGCAAGUGUCCCCAAGUAACACUGCACAAAAAAUACAGGAUAAAAGACAUGAAAUAGAGAAGGAUGAAAUCCCAGUGGCAAAUUUCAGAAUGUCAUCUCCAACAAGAAUGGAUGUAUUAAGUGUCGAUUUAAAUAUGGAAGAAAAUGCCAGUAUUCCUGAGGAUCAAACAGAGGCACUGAAUGACCUAAACACACCCAAAGGUGCCAUUUUAAACCAAAAGAGGUCAGCAGACAUAAAUAGAGACAUACUUACAGAAGUAGUUGUGAAAGAUGCAGUUCCUGGAAGAAAAGGGGACUUUGAUGUGGAACUGAGGGAUUCUGUAAGUGCUGAUAAAAAAACUGAAUCAAAGCAGACAAAUCAAAUAAAAACCUCACAAGUACUGUGCUACAGAGAACAAAGCCAUACUUUUUCAGAAGUGGCUGAUGUUAUGAGUACUUCCAAAGAGGACAGCAGAAGAGAAAGUGAUAUUCUUGCCAGCGUGUAUGAACGGGCCCUCAGGACAAAAUUGCCAAUGUCUAAAUACACCUCCACCCAAAACCCAAAGCAGGAGAAGACAGAAAUUGGGAUUCCUACAAUAGUAGUCAUGCCAUCUGAAUCUGAGGACCCAACCCAAAUUGAAAGUAUGGCGAAUGGGUCACCUGAGCCAGAUGCCUCUGUAAAGGUUGCCAUACCUGUUGCUCCGUCUUUCAUUGCAGAUGUUUGGGAGGAUGAGGGAGUGGAUUCUGAUAAUGACAGCAGCUCAGUGUCCAGCUAUGGAUCUGAUCACUCUGGAAGAAGGCCUAUUUCUGCAAGCACAAUCUCAGUCACAGAACGCUCUGGUAGUUUGCUGAGUGUGUACAGCGAUGCCGGAGACUUUGGCAAUGUGACAGUGCAGGGUUCUGUGGAGUUUGCUCUGAUGUACAGCCCACUGGGAGAGCUUGUCAUUAUGGUGGAACAGUGUCAGGACCUGGCCAUUGCAAACCCACGUAAACAGCGCACAGACCCUUACGUGAAGACCUACCUCUAUCCUGACAAGAGAAGCAAGAGAAAGACAUCAAUCAAGAAACGCACAGUGAAUCCAGUCUAUGUGGAAUCUUUGAGAUACAAAGUGAAGCGUGAAGAAUUGCACGCAAAGACCCUGAACUUGUCUGUGUGGCAUAAUGACUCCCGAGGCAGAAACGCCUUCCUGGGUCAGGUUGAGAUCAGUCUGAAGGCCUGGGACUGGAAGCAUGAAACCCUCACCUGGUACAACCUCCAGCCCAAGAGCAAAGAUAAUCAGGAAUCACCUGAAUCCUGUGGACUUUUGUCAAUCUCACUUAAGUAUGUGCCUCCAGAAUCCACAGGUGGUUACAAACUCAGAACAGGAGAAAUUCACAUAUGGUUGCGAGAGGCGAGGUGUUUACGUAGCCUGAAGACCCAAGGAGUCGACUCCUUCGUGAAGUGUUACAUGUUACCAGACACUAGCAAAAAAAGCCGUCAGAAGACCCAAGUAGUGAAGAAGACGCAGGACCCCGUGUAUAACCACGCUAUGGUGUAUGACGGCUUCAGAUCCGGAGAGGUACGCGAGGCCUGUUGUGAGCUAACUGUGUGGGAUAACAACAGAUUCUCCAACCAGUUCCUGGGAGGUGUACGCCUUAGCCUCGGUACAGGGCAAAGCUAUGGCAAGAAAGUGGAUUGGAUGGAUUCGGCAAAUGAGGAAGUUGAUAUCUGGGAAAGAAUGCUAGCAAGUCCAAACAGCUGGGUCGAGGCUGAACUUUCACUGAGGUCUUCGAUGGCUCCUAGAAAGUAAGAAGUUCAGGGAGACCGAUGCUUGGGUACAGUGGGAUUAUAAGAGAAGUGGGUUUUUUUUUGGUUUUUUUUUUAACUCUGUACUAAAUGUACCAGUUGCCAGCCUAAUAUAUAUUAGCACUUUCUUAAUAAACACUUUGAGGUUUUUGGGAGGAGUUAUAAAUAACUUGGUUGAGGGUGUGUUCGUGUACGGCUGAUUGAUUCACAGGGCCCAGUGAAUCAUUAACUUUGAUGAACUGAUAGACAAUUGCUUCAGUUUUUCUUGCGUGUGUGUUUGUGUUGGUAAUGCGUUGACCAAUGUUUUAGAAAAUUGAUUACAUAUUUUGAUGUGAAAUGGUGAUUCAGACUCUGGGUGUGACUGGACUAUGACUGUGACAUCAGAUGGGUUUUGCUGUUGUUAAGAGGCUAUUAUUAAUCCAUACUGGCAUAAGCCUAAAAUAAACUCUGCACGAGAAUUAAGGGUUUAUUUGUACUUAAACAUUAUUUACGAAUCACAUUUGUAUUGCAGCGUUGUCUGCUCGAAAAUAAAAGAAAUUGUAUGAUUUUA